AUGCAGAGAGAAAAGGAUGUACCGAAAAUUGUAAAUACAAAUGUUAGUCGAGAACUAAGCAACCAAAAGAAAUAUGCAAAACAGCUCUUGAAUGUUCAUCCUACAUGCGGACAAUGGUGCAUUGAUCAGGAAUUGAUUCUUAAGAGUAAGUUCGGUGUUAAAUUUCCAUGCAUUCACGAAAUUAAGAAAGACACUACUAUUUCUCAACUAACAUUGCCUCCUUGCAUAGGAUUAUUUGAAAUCGAAAGAAAUGAAGCACAAAAUCAAUUUAAAGUAUCUAACAAGUCAAAUCCUAAAAAUUCAAAUCAAAAUGAUCAACAAACACAAAUAAAAACAAGAGGAAUGAAUUAUGAUUUUUCAUUGAUGGAUAGUAUAGAAACCAGUGCAGCCGAUGAUAUGAUGGUUGCUUUAAUUGCAAAACUUUAUAGGAUUUAUAAUAUCCAUUAUGCAAGAUCAUUAUAUCAACAAAUUGUUAAUAAUUUCAAGGGAUUUUUAGACGCCGAGGAUAAAUUACAUUUCGUCCUUGAACUGGAAGAUGAUGAAAAUUUUCAGAGCAUUGUAGCAUCUACAAGAAAAGAUUAG